CGCAAAAAAUGGAGCAAGUCCAGUUCGUGGCUUUCGCGGCACAAUCUAAAGGUGCCUCUGGCGUACGGGAGUAUUUGCAAGGUACGCUAUAGGGCCCUGCUGUUGAAUUUAAUACCUUGACACAUUAGUGCGUUGGCGUGCGUAGAGCAUCGCCAAACAGUCCCCGACGUUCUGCAGGAGCUCAGCGCGCCCGUCCUUCUGAUCGACACAGAAGGCGAUGGAGAAGGCGCCGAGGAUGAAGCGGCUGCAGACUGUGGCAUCCGCAUGGAGCAACUACAUCUGAGAGUGCAACGCGAGAUCUGGAGCGUGUUGGCGAGUGAUGCGUCUCCGAGCGCCGACGUCUCUGUGGAACUGGCACGGUCUUUCCUUAGGGUCGCAAUGAGACAACGACGUCGCGAGGCUGACGCUGUGUGUCUGUCGCUGGCAAAGAUGGUGCUGAGAGGAAAACCAGAAAAUGUAGAUGAAGAUGAGAGUGAGUACACGACGACAAACGCUGCAUUCCGACGUCGUAUGCGGCGCUUGACGUUGAAUCGCGUGGAGUUUCCGUCAUUAGAAGACGAGGACGAAAGAGUGUUCAGGUCGUUGCCGUCAAGUGGUCGUGAUGAAGUGCUGCAAAUUGCUGAAACGAACUCUUCUCGGAUGAAUAAGCGGCCACGAGGUGAGGAUCCAGAAGAUCACAUGAUUGAGCAGAGUGUAAGGAAUGAUUCACCAUUUUCAGAACAUGCGCUCACGGCACCGGAACGACCGACACUAACAAAAGAGAUGGAGGAUCGCGCGUCUGGACUGGCCAAGCAGCUUGUACAACUUUCACGUUCUGAAGCGACAGCGGCGGUGGAUGAUGUCGCAACACGUGCUUUUGAUAUGCUUGCUGAAGUGGUUAACGAUGUCCAUACUACAUAUGCAGCUAACGAACGCAGCUUCCAGUAUCUGUGUAAGGUGCUGUGUAUGGACUCUACCAGCGAUGAAGCUCUCCUUCAGAUCACCAAUUCGCUGGUCGACUCGAACUGGAGUUCACGAUACGCAGCUAUCUUCCUUGAAACCAGUGUGCUGCCCAAGAUCCGUGCUGCUGACUCGGUCAUUUCUCGCGUGUUGCUCCAGGCGGCACUUCGCUUUGGCUCUAGUUAUUCUGGUAUGCUUGUUGACUCGCUGCUACUCCCUCUGUUGGUUAGUGGCGAACACGAUGGUUCCAACAAAUCUGUUGGUCCACCGCAAGCGGAAGCAAUAACGCGAAUUCUUCGCAGCUCUGAUACAGUACUAGCAGAUCAGCUUGAUGGAUUUCUCCAAAGAAGCCUGGAAGCAGCGACCGCGAACGAAACAAAUCGUCCGCAUUUACUCUCAAAGGAGUCAGCCUUAUUGGUGUUCCAGAACAUUCUCAAUAGCAAGCCAGUGCUGUCGGCGCUGACAAUUGAAAGGCUUGUUGGAGCUUGCGAGGCCGUUUUGGAGCGUCCGGAGGCUGAACAAGUUCGAGGAUCGCUGAAAUUUGCCACUGUCAUCUUUACUCUUAUUUCGAAGUACCCACAGCAAUGUGCUGGACAUGUGGAAACGCUUGAAGUAAUUGCUACCCAAUUGACGUCGAUCAUGGCGAAGACAACGCAACGUUCACUGCAGAAGCUCAAGACCAACAAGUGAUGAGCGUUUCGAGCUAAGCCAGAAUACUGGAAUGUUAUUCACUGCGUGGCCAAGUUAUCAAGAAAUGCACGUGUCAGCUCGUCAUGACACCAGGCCCGCCAAUACAUUAAAAAAAUGUUGUCCGUGUUUGGCAAUUAUAAAGAUUUCAAUUUUGUGUAAAGCAACAAUUAAUAUUGUCACCAUUUAUGUUUUAUUCCCAAUAUAUUCUAGCACAUGCCGG